CCCUCAGCGCCGCCGCCGCCGCCGCCAGGUGGCUUUUGAUUCAAAGAAACGAGACCAGAAAUGAAAGUAGGUUGUAGAAUGGAACUUCUGGAUAAAACAAUCAAUAGUUACUUUGACGUUUGGCUUGGACCUAGAGACCCCAGGGUAAAAGGAUGGCUUCUUCUGGAGAACUAUACACCUACCUUUAUCUUCUCAGUCUUGUACUUACUAAUCGUAUGGCUAGGACCAAAGUACAUGAGGAAUAAGCAGCCAUUCUCAUGCAGGGGUAUUCUAGUGAUCUACAACCUCGGACUUACACUGCUUUCUCUGUAUAUGUUUUAUGAGCUGGUGACUGGAGUAUUGGAAGGAGGAUACAGUUUCUUCUGCCAGGAUACACACAGUGGAGGAGAGGCUGAUAUGAAGAUCAUCCAUGUCCUCUGGUGGUACUAUUUCUCCAAACUCAUUGAGUUCAUGGAUACCUUCUUUUUUAUUUUGAGGAAAAAUAAUCAUCAGAUCACUGUUCUGCAUGUCUACCACCAUGCAACAAUGCUGAACAUCUGGUGGUUUGUUAUGAACUGGGUGCCUUGUGGUCACUCUUACUUUGGUGCCACACUGAACAGUUUUAUCCACGUCCUCAUGUACUCCUACUACGGAUUGUCCGCUGUUCCAGCAAUGCGUCCUUAUCUGUGGUGGAAGAAGUACAUCACUCAGGGGCAGCUGAUUCAGUUUGUCUUGACAAUCUUCCAGACCAGCUGUGGUGUUGUUUGGCCAUGUGCAUUUCCUCAGGGGUGGCUGUAUUUUCAGAUUUCUUACAUGAUUUCUUUGAUUAUCCUCUUCACAAAUUUCUAUAUUCAGACUUACAACAAGAAGGCAGCCUCGAGGAGGAAAGAGUAUCAGAACGGCUCCACGGCCAUUGUGAAUGGGUACACAAACAGCUUUUCUUCCCUUGAGAACAAUGUGAAACAAAGGAAACAAAGGAAGGAUUGAAGACCAAACUGAAAAACCAUUUUGAUAACCCCAACAACAAAAUCAUCUGAUUGUAAGCACAAUGAGAGUUGUGCAUUAAUACUCUAAAUGGCUACUGUAACUAUUCCUGCCUAGAAUAGUGUGAUUUAUGUAGGACUUAACCAGUGCAAACACCCUAGAAACCGUAUACAGAACAUAAAAGUAGGUUAAAGUUUAAAAAUAAUUCUGGGCUGUCACUGACCCUGCUAUAGACUAUGGAAGGGAAGUAUUAUCAUAUUAUCCGACACUGCUGUUGCCUUACUAGUCAAUAUGAUAGGUGCUGAAUUAUGAUUCACAUUUUGAAAACACUGUAAUCUAAACCUCCAUUUUUUUAACUAUAUAUCAUGCAUGUGAUUGUAGAGGUAAUUUGUAUGAUGCUGGUUUCAGUAGAUAAAACACACAUGCCUUAAAUUAAAAAGCAGGGCCCAAAGCUUAUUACUGGCUUAAAAAUUAGGGUAUGUUUCAACUUUUCAAUUGAUUGACUUUUUAUUAAAAAGUCAUUUAGAAAAAUCCAUUGAUCAUUUUACUGUUCUGUAUGUGAUACACGAUGCUACGUAUCUCUUACUCGAUACAGUGAAAUUGAAAAUGGCACAUUUAGUUUUGUAUAUUUGGCUUUAAUUGAUUCAACAGUCACAAAACAGAUGGAAAAGUUAUUUUACCUUUUUAAUAGAUCUUAUUUUUUUAUUUGAAGUACAUCACUAACAUAAAAGCAAUUGGCACUUACACAGUCGAGUAAGAUUUAAAUAUUGUCUCUAAAGUUUAGAGCAUAUACAGGGUGGACCCAUCUAUUCUUUAUACUUUUUUUUCUCUUUUUUUUCUUUCUUAUUUCUGAGAAUUCUUAAAUGCUAAAUGAAGAGUUUUUUAAUAUGAAACUGGCAGUUUGAAGUGUUAUUACUAUAGCCAUAUCCAUGUUUUAGGACUUACUGUUUCAGUCUGUGACAUAUCCAAAAGUGUUUUUAAAAGUGGAGCCAGAAAGAUGCUUUUCUGAUGGAAUUGUCUGUAUUUAAGUUGGUAUCUGAACUGUUCUUCAUGUAGCAUACAUUCACUUUGAAAAUGUGCCUAACACAAUUUUUUUUUUCCCAAACAAGCAAGUUUAAACAGUUUGAGUCAUAGCUAAUGUUUUUUGAAUGUUACUGAAAUGUGCUGGAAAUGUCUGUUUCUGUAAUGUGAGUUGUGUAUAUCAAUGGUAAUGUUUUGGCUUGUUAUCUAAGGAUUUGGUUUGAGUGCUGGUUAAAGUUAAUUCUUCUUGUAAAAUGCUGUCUUGCACAUAUGAGGAGUCAGUUGCAAAGCCAGUAGCUGUUGCUGGUAUUCUGGUAUCUGCCAUGGUGGAGUCCAUUAAGCUCUGAAAAAUUGAAUUGUGCAAGAUAUUCUGCUGGUCAUUGCUCAAGUUAAACUAUUUGGUUUUUUGAUAUUUAUAUAAAUGCCAGUUUUAACACGUUUAAUUGUUUUUAAAUAUUUUUUAAAUUUUUUGCACAUCUCUUAAUGAAUUAAUAAGUUCUCUUACUAGCCUUGUGGGUUUUCAUUCCUUGUUUUGAAGGAGACAGUGUCUGUUAUGUUUACAUUAUCAAAGCUUGUGUGUGUGUGUCUUCAUUUCUAGGUACUGGUUUGCAGAGUCUUUACAUAGCUCAGUACAGCAGCUAUAAUGUUCAAAAUAGGCUGUCUAAAUGUGCUAGAAAUAAACUCUUGGCUCAUCUGAGUAUAGUUCAUUGUUAAUGUUUGACAUGGUUUAAUCAUUAAAACACUUUUGAUUA